GUUAUCAUGGUUUUCCGAAAUCCCGUCGUGCGAGCGUGCUACCUGCAAAUAUUUCAACUUAAUGUUCGAUACCCACCGUCGUAACUAAAUGGUUAAAGUAUUUUUCUAAUUACUUCGAUACUGUAAGAAAUUCGUUUCCUGAAUCUUUCAAAUUGAAGAUUGCCCUAAUGCCGAUGUCAUGCGCUCGUUAUUCAACUAGUUUCAGGAUAGUAUAAAAGGCGGUUUUUCGCACGACAUUGUACGAGCACCGAGCUGCGAUUGUUUUCGAUCGCUUUCCUGUUGUGUUCACAGCAGUGUUAAUUUUGGACCCAGACGUUACACGAACCGACUUCAAGACGGCUGCCAUGACGAAUUUGAAUGGGGUCGUGACGCCGCCGUCAACGCCGUCACCGAAUCUACUGCAGAUGAAUAUGGCCAGGGAGAGGGAGAAGUAUUUGGAAGAGUACAAUUUUCCAUUUUGUGAAGCUGCCACUAAGUUUGAAAAACUGGCAAAGAUCGGUCAAGGCACCUUUGGUGAAGUGUUCAAAGCACGAGAUAAAAAAAAUCAUAAAAAACUGGUUGCUAUGAAAAAAAUUCUAAUGGAAAAUGAAAAAGAAGGAUUUCCGAUCACUGCAUUAAGAGAAAUCCGAAUAUUACAAUUGUUAAAACAUGAUAAUGUAGUAAAUCUAUUAGAAAUAUGUCAAACUAGAGCUAAUCAGUUUAACCGUUAUCGAUCUACAUUUUAUUUGGUAUUUGAAUUUUGUGAACAUGAUCUUGCUGGUCUAUUAUCAAAUACUAAAGUGAAAUUCAGUUUAGGAGAAAUUAAACAAGUAAUCCAACAAAUGCUUAAUGGUCUCUACUACAUACAUAGCAACAAAAUAUUACAUCGUGACAUGAAAGCUGCAAAUGUUUUAAUUACAAAGUCUGGAACACUAAAAUUAGCUGAUUUUGGUCUUGCCCGAGCGUUCAGUGCCCAGAAAAAUGGUCAGCCAAAUAGGUACACAAAUCGAGUGGUAACAUUAUGGUAUCGUCCUCCUGAGUUGCUGCUUGGUGACCGUAACUAUGGUCCACCUGUGGAUCUAUGGGGAGCUGGCUGUAUCAUGGCCGAAAUGUGGACUCGUAGUCCAAUUAUGCAGGGUAAUUCAGAACAACAACAGUUGACAUUGAUAUCCCAGUUGUGUGGAUCAAUAACUCCAGAAGUAUGGCCCAAAGUAGAAUCAUUAGACCUUUACAAUCAAUUGGAAUUGGUCAAAGGACAAAAACGAAAGGUAAAAGAACGAUUAAAGCCAUAUGUAAGAGAUCCAAUGGGAUGUGAUCUAUUAGAUAAAUUAUUGGUGUUAGACCCAGCCAAGAGAUUUGAUGCUGACUCAGCAUUAAACCAUGACUUUUUCUGGACUGAUCCCAUGCCAUGUGAUUUAUCAAAAAUGUUAUCACAACAAACACAAAGUAAUUUUGAAUAUUUGGCUCCACGCCGACUCAAUAACCACCAAUCAUCUGCUAUGCGACCAGCAUCAGCUGUUGCCAGCCAAGGCUCAUCUACAUCUGCUACCUCAGGAUUUCACGAACGUGUUUUCUAGCGCAAGUGAAUGGCAGCUUAUGCGGCCACUUAUAACUAAUUUUCAACUAUUUAUUUUUUUUUUACAUUUUUAUAAUUCUUUCUUAUUUUGGUUUAGAUAAGAUUUAUAUGUUUGUGUAAAUA